CAGCUUUUUUCACUUCAUCCCGUUUUUGCAGGGUGUCAGAGGCAGCUGCUGAGAGCCGGAGGUCCGGCCUUCACAGGUAUAUCACCGACCGCUCCAAGAAAUCUGCCUGUCAGGACUUUUGCAGCUGUCAAGCCACAGAGGAAAAACCAAAAAGAGGACAAAGAGAAGGAAGUGAAGAAAGAAAGGAGGGUCAUCGAUGACUCGGACAGCAAGAAGCCCUACGGCUUCACAGGGUGGGCGCCUGUGGAUGACGUGUAUGUUCCCAGGUUCUACCCGCGGACCACCUACGGAGCAGCUGAGUCCGUCGACAUGCUGAAGACCUUUCAGAGGUUGGACUUCACCCCCCUCAAACAGCCUAUCUUCGUCGAUCUGAGGCUCAACAUGAAGCUGGAGAAAAAGGUAAUGGCAACGUCACUGAAGCUGUGUCCAUUGCAGAAGCUGAGUUAAUGUAAUGCCGGAUAA